GAGCGCAGCGGACUGAGUUCCCUCCCGAGUCGACUCGCUCGCACCGAGUUUCCGUCUUUGACAUAGGGGACUUUUUUUUUUUUUUUUUUUUUUUUUUUUUAAAGGACAGUUUGAAUCGCUUUGUACGAAUACUUAAGUGGCUAAACUGAUAGGCGGAGAAAGAACACGUUAAAGCUGGGAAGGGAGACCUGCCCUUCUAGCUCAACUCCUAGAAAUUAAAAAUUGCAAGCCAGAGUAUUUAAAAUCCCAAAAUGUCGAGAUUUGUGCAAGAUCUUAGCAAAGCUAUGUCUCAAGAUGGUGCUUCUCAGUUCCAAGAAGUCAUUCGACAAGAACUAGAAUUAUCUGUGAAAAAGGAAUUAGAAAAAAUACUUACCACAGCACCCUCACAUGAGUUUGAGCAUACCAAAAAAGACCUUGAUGGAUUUCGGAAACUGUUUCACAGAUUUUUGCAAGAAAAAGGACCUUCUGUGGAUUGGGGGAAAAUCCAGAGACCUCCAGAAGAUUCGAUUCAACCCUAUGAAAAGAUAAAGGCCAGGGGCUUGCCUGAUAAUAUAUCUUCUGUGUUGAACAAACUGGUGGUGGUGAAACUCAAUGGUGGUUUGGGAACCAGCAUGGGCUGCAAAGGCCCUAAAAGUCUUAUUGGUGUGAGGAAUGAGAAUACGUUUUUGGAUCUGACUGUUCAGCAAAUUGAACAUUUGAACAAAACCUACAACACAGACGUUCCUCUGGUUUUAAUGAACUCUUUUAACACGGAUGAAGAUACCAAAAAAAUACUACAGAAGUACAACCAUUGUCGUGUGAAAAUUUACACUUUCAAUCAAAGCAGGUACCCGAGGAUUAAUAAAGAAUCCUUACUUCCUGUAGCAAAGGAUGUAUCUUACUCAGGGGAAAAUACGGAUGCUUGGUACCCUCCAGGGCAUGGUGAUAUCUAUGCCAGUUUCUACAAUUCCGGUUUGCUCGAUACUUUUAUAGGAGAAGGCAAAGAGUAUAUUUUUGUGUCUAAUAUAGAUAAUCUGGGUGCCACAGUGGAUCUUUAUAUCCUUAAUCAUCUGAUGAACCCACCCAAUGGGAAGCGCUGUGAAUUUGUCAUGGAAGUUACAAACAAAACACGUGCAGAUGUAAAGGGUGGGACACUCACUCAGUAUGAAGGCAAACUCAGACUGGUGGAAAUCGCUCAAGUGCCAAAAGCACAUGUUGAUGAGUUCAAGUCUGUAUCAAAAUUUAAAAUAUUUAACACAAACAACCUAUGGAUUUCUCUUGCAGCAGUUAAAAGACUGCAGGAACAGAAUGCCAUUGACAUGGAAAUUAUUGUGAAUCCAAAGACUUUGGAUGGAGGCUUGAAUGUCAUUCAGUUAGAAACUGCAGUUGGAGCUGCAAUUAAAAGUUUUGAGAAUUCUUUAGGUAUUAAUGUUCCAAGAAGUCGUUUUCUUCCUGUCAAGACCACAUCAGAUCUCUUGCUUGUGAUGUCAAACCUCUAUAGCCUUAAUGCAGGAUCUUUGACUAUGAGUGAAAAGCGAGAAUUUCCUACAGUACCGUUGGUUAAAUUAGGAAGUUCUUUUACCAAGGUUCAAGAUUACCUAAGAAGAUUUGAAAGUAUACCGGAUAUGCUUGAAUUGGACCACCUCACAGUUUCAGGAGACGUGACUUUUGGAAAAAAUGUUUCAUUAAAGGGAACAGUUAUCAUUAUUGCAAAUCAUGGUGACAGGAUUGACAUCCCCCCUGGAGCAGUGUUAGAGAACAAGAUUGUAUCCGGAAAUCUUCGCAUCCUAGACCACUGAAAUGAAAGCUAGUUACUGUAUACACUUUGUACUAAUUAUGGGCUAAAGAAGUUUCUUACAAUAAAAUGUUCUCUUAAGAUUCUAAAAUAAUCAGGUACUUUACCAUGUUGUACUCUGCAGUGUUGAUUGUUUUUAAAAUAGCGUGUUCUGCAGUACGCUUUUACCUAAGGAGAACACAGAUGGAGCAAUACUUCCUUCUUGGAAGACCCUAAAAAUUUAGUUCCUCCUAAAGUGCAAUAUUAUUUAAUCUUAGAAUUGGGUCAGCUCUGCUGGAAGAUCUUUUAACAGAAGCCUCAAUGAUGAUCACUUUGAAUUGCCUGUGAUUUCAAAAAUAAAGUGAUAAAACAAUA